GGAGGACGUCGCGACGCACUCCGUCGCAGCCACCCUGACGGGGAACGGACGUCCGUGUGCUACGUAGACGUGCGCCGAUAAACGACGGAGUCUCGACCAGCGGCGACCAAACGAACAGGCACGUGUGUUUCAACGAAUCGAAGCAGAGACAAGGAACAACACGCCACUGUAUUCAAACUACGAAUCGUUUCACGCGAGUAGAAACGUAGAGCGAACACGAAACCGAUAUCGAACGAGAAACUAUUUAAACGAGACAUUAACGUAGGAAAAUGUUACACAGCGUUGUAAUUUUGAUCUUUACCUUCGUGUCGUGUCAAGGUGUACCUUUAACCGAUCUGAAGAAUGCACUGAAACAGAAUGAGUUAGAUGCUGUAAUCACAACUGCGUGUUCACACAACGAAGACUGCUGGGAAUGGAUACCUGUACAACAAGUUCCAGAAAACAUUGCUAUCGUACCAGAAGAAAUACCAUUACCUAGAAUACAAAUUCGAAGAGAAGCAUCGAAUAUGGACCCAAAUACAAUAAUAGAGUCGUGGAGCGGUAAUGUUCCAACAGCGGAUAAGAGAGUUCAAUUGUCAACAGUUACGAAAAAAAGUGGAAACGAAAUGUCGAAGAAGGAUUUAGCUCGUAGCAGAGGAGCUGCUGGAAUGCCCUUUUCCGUUUUAUAUAUGAAUCAACACAGCCUUCGGAAUAACUAUGCCAGUGGCACACCGCACCAGCAGCAGCAGCAGGUGGAAAAAACAGCUGAAACUUCGGUACAAUCUGUAAGUAAUCCUAAUUAUCGGAUCGCGUUACGCAACGGAGCUCCACCGCAUCCAAGAAGACAUUAUUCUAUAAUACCGCAGUUGUUUAUAUCGUAUGGACUGGGUCCAUUUGGUAAUUGAAGAAAACUAAUUACUCGAAAUAUUGAUCUCGUAAUUUUGGUACAUAAACUAUAUCAACAGAAAUUUUGAGUUCUAGAUAAUUUUACAUAAGUCGCAUAUUCUGAUAAAACCUAGA